CGUUAUCAAAUUUUCUUCUUUGCAUAACCUUGACCGUUUCUGGGGAUUUUCAUAACGUGUAGUCGAUGAUAUUAGAGCAUAUGGAGUAUCAAUUUGUAUCAUUUUUGAUUGAUACAGUAUAAUGAUGGAUGAAAUAGGUGAAUCAGUUGUAAUAUCUCCUACAGGAAGACGAUUACUGCGUUUUCGAAAGACUAUUCAUGCCAAAAUAGCUAAGACAAGUGCACUGUGCUUUACAUGGAUUUGUUUAGGUUUGUAUAGUGAAGUAUUGGGUCCAACUUUACCUACACUUAUGCAUAAUACACGCUCAGAUUAUGAACAUAUUGGUAUGGCAUUGUCAACUAGAGCAAUUGGUUUGUUAUUUGGAUCAUUAUUCGGGGGAAUAUUAUCUGAUCGUUUCAAGGGAUUACGUGGAGUAUUCAUAAUGUCAUCUCUGAUAGUUGGUGCUAUUUCAACAAUCAUUGUACCAUGGUGUAGCGAUAUAAUCGCCUUGACACUUGUUUUAUUUAUAGCUGGUGUAUCACACGGAUUUCUAACAACAAAUGGUAAUCCGUUAUUGGCUUCUGUUUGGGAGGCGAAAGCUGCUGGACCAUUCAGUUUAAUGCAUUCCGGUUAUGGUAUGGGUGCAGCUAUAGCUCCAUUACUAAUAAAACCGUUCACACUGCCAUCAGUGCCAAAGAAUGAUACUACUAUUACUAGUGAUACGCCCACUGGCAUUAAUGCAACAAACAAUAAUACUGCCAAAGAUUUAGUUCUAGUCGAUGCUGUAGUACCGUAUUCAAUUAUUUCGGGGAUUAUAUUCUCUUGUGUCGCUUAUUUCCUUUGCAUUAUUUGUAUUGAUCAACCAACAUUUAUUCUAACGACGAAAAGAGAUAAAGAAAAGAUUACAUCAUCAUCGUCAACGGCAUCGCCUUUACCGGAUAAAAAAUUACACGAGAAAUCCUCAAUAAAUCUAUCCAAGUUGUAUAAAAGAUUCCAUUCUUUUUGUCUGAGAACAUCUCGUAGUGUUACAAAGACAAAAAUUUUAGUUAUUUGUUGUACAUUUGUAACAUUUUUUACUGUUGUCGGAAAUGAACGUGUUUUUGGGAAAUUUAUGUUCACAUAUGCAUUAUAUGGUCCUGUUAGACUAAGUACUUCUGAUGGUUAUCUUAUAAAUUUAAUCUAUUGGGUUUGUUUUUGUUCUGCACGGAUAAUUACCUUUUUUAUUGCUUUAUAUAUCUCAGAGAAUAUUGUCUUAAUCACAUUAGCAUUUGGUACUUUAUUAAGUUCUAUCGGGUUGAUUGUUCUACCACAUACAAAAUUUUGGUUUUUCUUAUGUACAACACUAUUUAGUUUGUUUAAAAGUCCUCUAUUUCCAGCAACACUGGGUUGUAUUAAUAAUGCGAGUGAAAUAUCAGGAUUUUUAGUGAUUAUUGUUAACUUUGGUAGUUCAUCUGGAGCUACACUACUUCAGUAUACAGCGGGGAAUUUAAUUCAAACACAUGGACAAUUUGUAUUCCCCUACUUAGUUAUGGGUACUGCAUGUCUUCUUGUAAUUACUGCUUGUAUAUUAAUUAUUGGGCUAAAACAUAUUGGAAGUAGAUUCAGGCGAGUGAGUAAUAUAUCAUCUGAGUCGAUGGGUGAUACUAUCGAUAAUAAUAAUAAUAUUAAUAGCAGUCCACUACAAACGAAAACGAUAGCACCAACUCUACCAAGAACAUCAGCGAUCAUACCGAAAUCAUUCAAUGUUGAAGAGAAAUUAUUCAACGUUGAUUUAAACAAUAAUGAAAGUAAUAAAUUAUGAGAACCAAAUAUAAAUUUUCUCUUUUUUGUAAUAGACGAAAUCGUCUACGCACUCACUCACUCACUUACCAAUUCAUUUCUACACGUCUUCAUCAACUCAUAAUCAAUAAUUUCUACUCAAACAUCACAUUUGUAACCCCGGCCUCUACCUUUAGCCCCCAGGAUCCAACCAAAGUUUCCUAUUUUUAAUACACUUUCCAUACGGUUGGAUGAGAUAAAUUCAAUUUUAUAACAAAGAAAAUAAGUUUAAAAAAAUGAUUCCUCUUUAUUGGAUUUUAAAACAAGCAAUUAUAAACACAAAAAGAUGAAGGCGAUUAUAACUGGUACUGUGUACAAGUGAUACUUCAUAAUUUAAAAUAAUAAUUACUUUUAAAAAAUAAAUUUAAAAUUGUAUAUUUUAUGAUGAUUUUCCAAUUUGUUAUUUUCCUUUGCUCUUUCUUUUUUUUUGUACUGUUUAUUUUCAUAUCUGUGGUGUUCAUAAUUAUGUGAAUAUUUUUUAUGUGUAAUAUUAAAGAUAAUAAUAUUGAUAACGAUGUCUAUAUUGGUUGUGUUGUUUAAUGGGAAAUGGUCUUGGCGACUGCUGAGAUUGACUUUGAUCCAUGUGUAACAAUUUGGUCCUGUGAUAGUACGUAUAAUUCUGUAUG